AUGAAACCAGAAGGUGUUGUUAAAGGUGGUCUUAAACUAAAAGGUGGAAUUUCAUUAAAAAAAGGAAAACCUUCUAAAGAAGAAGUGAGUAAAGUUAUUAAGAAAGAAGAAAAAGUAAUUAAAAAAACUCCUGCUCAAAUUGCAUUUGAAAAAAAACAAGAACAAAUAAAAGAAAAAAGAUUACGUGAGAAAGCUGCACUUUCAUAUAAGGAUAAAGUGAACAAGUUAAAUGAAAAAUUAGAAAAUCUCAGUGAAUUCAAUGAUAUACCAAAAGUUUCAUGGACAAAAUAA